AUGGAUUCGCCAUUGCUGACUUUUACCAUCACCCUUUUCUUCGGUUUCUUCUCUCUCAUCGUUGAAUCUCAAGAAAAUGUAAGCCCAAGACCCCCGCCGCCGGAAUUUUCGUCACCUCCGCCCUUUCUUCCACCUCCGCCGCCGCCUUACAGUACACCUCCGCCGCCUCCUUACAGUACACCUCCGCCACCACCUUUCACCUCACCCCCGCCACCGCCGCCCUUUGCCCCGCCUCUUCCACCGCCGCCGCCAUCUCCGCCGCCGCCACCUCCGGCGAGACGUCUCUCACCACCACAACCGCCAACUUCGAGAAGCCCUCCUCCUUCCAGUUCCAGUUCCAGUGGUGAGCUCAAUACAGGGAAGAAAAUCGGGCUGAUGUUCAUAGGAGUUGCCGUGAUAUUGCAAUUGUGUGUGGCCGCAUUCUUGUUGAUUUCGAGAAGGAAACUUUUGAAGGCGGAUAAUUUGUGA